ACAUCGAUAUUUUGCCCGCUCUAUUAACACAACGCUGAUAUUUUCGACAAGUUUUUUUAAUUUUAUGUUAUUGUAUAUUGUUUCCGUAUUCUGUCUAUGAGCGUAACAUAAACAGAGAGCCAGAAAGGGAGAGAGACCGCUGACCAUGUCGCUCACGGAUAUUUUGGAACUGAACAAGGCGGAGCUAUUCGAGAAGAUCCGCCAUGGCCUGCCGCUGGUGCAGAAAACCCAGAAUUUGCUGGACUGCAAGGACGACCUGCUCUUCGCCUGGGACGCCAAGGACAGCUGCCUGCUGGUGCGCAACUGGCGCGCCUCGCUAACAGAUACGGAGGGCAAGCACACCGCCGCUGGCGUCCAGUGCCAGACGUUGAUACCGGCAAACGCCGUGGGCCUCGAGGUGGACCGCGUGUUGGCCUCCAACGAGGGAUCUUUGGUGGCACUUGGAGGUACUCGCGGCGUGACUAUCCUGGAGCUACCACGCCGCUGGGGCCCCGACGGUUACUUCAAGGACGGCAAGGCAAAGAUCACCUGCCGCACAUUCAGCUUGGACACGCAGCUAUUCCAGAACAACCCACCGCUGGAGGUGCGCCAAAUACGCUGGCAUCCGCACUCCGUCACCGACUCCACGCUGCUGGUGCUGCUCAACAACAACACCAUCCGCGUCUACAACCACGCCAAGUUGCGCCAUGUCUGGCAAGUGGGUCCCUCGGUGAUGCGCGGCACGUCUAAUACUUCUCUCUCCGACUUUGGGGAGGUGGCCGUCGACUUUGACAUUGCUCCGGCAGCCAAGCCCCGUAACCCAGAUCAGGAUAACACCACCCUGGCCGACACUACAGCCAAUCAGAGAAACCAAACCCUGCUGGCGGCCAAGUCCGUGCAGAAGCAGGCGAAGAUUGAGUGGCCCGUGUUGGUGCUGCGUGAGAACGGCAACAUAUACAUCCUGCUGACUGGCCUGGACUCGGCAAAGACGCGUCUGCAGGGCCCCAUUACCAUUACGCCACAGGCCCGCGAUAAUUACGGCCUGGAGUCAUGCGCUCUCAUGGUUAUUCCCUCUCUGCCGCCCACCGUGGUGAUGGCCGAGUCUAAUGGAAAGCUGCAUCAUGCCUUGCUCAUGGAGGCAGAGGCCGCCGAGCAUUCCUUUAACGAGGUGGAUGACUUUGUACUCAUCGAGCCCGCCGAAUAUGUCAUACACGUUUUGGAGACGGUGGAACUGGAGCUGGGUCUCAAGGCAACUUCGACAACUGGAGCGGCAGCUGGAGCUGGAUCCGCCUACAACUGCCCCAUCCACUUGAAGCGGGAUCUGAUCAACGAGCUGCGCUACUUUGCCUACCACAACGCUGGCCUGCAUGUGGUUUCUGUAAGCUUUAUCUCAGAGCUGCAGCGCUACCUGGACAGCGAAAUCGAGCACGAUAGACUAGAGCUGACGGCCUCUUCUCGGGCCGAGUACGUAUUGUGCACCAAGUUCGACUCCAGCGAGGGGAUCAAUGCAGUCUUGGGCAUCGCCCUUCUGCAGAUGCCCGCUGGCGUGGUCCUCCUGCUGGGCAGCGGACAGGUGGUCAGCCUCAAGCUAGUGAUCGAUGCCCAGCUGCUGGUGACACCCAGUGAGUACAGGAAGACCGGCCUGGAGGUCGAUGAACAGGAGAGUGGACCCUCGUUUGUGGACACGAUCAAGUCGCUGCUGCAGCGCAGUGUCAACCAGCCGAUACUGGCGGAUAAGCUGGCCUCACCCUCCGCCCAGGAGAGCUACGAGCUGCUGAACCAGGCCAUAGAGGUGCUGCGCGAACAGUACCUGAAACGCCACGACCUGGUGAGCGCCGCCUUCGCCCGCCACAUCAAUCAGAUCCAGCUGAAGAAGGAGCAGCAGCUGCAGGAGAUACAGGACCUGGAGCAGGAGCGCGAACUGAUUAGCGAGCGGGCCCACAAGCUGGCUGAGCGCUUCGAGGAGAUCAGCUACAACCAGGAGCUGCUUGUCCGCAAGUGCUACAACCUGAUGAAGCAGGCUAAUGCUGCGCUGCCUAACAAUAUAGUGGCCGAGCGUGAGUUUGCCAAGGAGGUGACGCGCCUCAACGAGGUCACAAAGGGUCUGGCCGCUAGUUUGGAUACCGCCAAAAAGUCUCUCAACAAACAGCGCUAUCACAUCGCCAAGAGCCAGGAAGAGCUCAAAAAGAAUACAUACGAGCUGCCGGAGAAGCAGCACCGCACCAUCAAGGAGAUCCUGACCCAACUGAACAGCGAAAUCGAUCGUCAGGUCACCGAUGUUAAGCGCAUCAACAAGAUCGUGGGCCUGUGAGGACACAUCCUGGUGAUUUCGCCACGUUUCCGUUGAUAAAGUAAAGCUGAACCGAAGCGAAGGAACUGAAACCUAUUAAUAAUAAACAUUUUGUCGAUUAAGUCCCCAA